AUGGCAUCCACCAAGACCGAGCGCAGCGGCAUCGCCGUCGGCCCAAACAAGGGACACAAAACAGAGGCACGCGUUGUCAAGCCCCGUAUCAGCAGAUCCAAGGGAAAGGCCAGCAAGCGCACCCAAUUCGUUCGCGAGAUUGUUAAGGAGGUUUCUGGACUCGCACCAUACGAGCGUCGUGUUAUCGAACUCCUCCGUAACUCCAAGGACAAGCGUGCCCGUAAGCUCGCAAAGAAGAGACUCGGUACUUUCGGACGUGCCAAGGCGAAGGUUGAGGAGCUCACCAACGUCAUUGCUGAGUCGAGAAGAGCUGGUCACUAA